ACGAAUUCUGCUUCAUCAAUGCCACAAAAACAUUGAAGAUCGUCUCCCUGAUCUCUCGAGUAGUUUUCAUGUUGAAAAUGUCUCUGGAUCAGACUGUCUGUGAAGAUCUCAAGGCUUUCGAGAGGAGACUCACAGAGGUGAUAGCCAGUUUACAGCCAUCAACACUGAGAUGGAGGAUUCUACUGGGAUUCAUCUCGGUGUGCACAGCAGUGGGGGCUUGGCACUGGCUGACAGACCCAAACACUUCAGCUGUCUCCUUUACACAGAGUCUCUAUAAUCAUCCUAUAUUUGCGUUAGCCAGUAUUUUAUUAGUUGUAUUAUUCCUGCUGGGCGUGCACAGAAGAGUAAUAGCCCCGAGUAUCAUAACCCAGCGAGCAAGAAGUGUUCUAGGUGAUUUCAACAUGAGUUGCGACGACACAGGAAAGCUAAUCCUCAAGCCAACACGACCGCCCCACCCACACGAGACCUGAGAUUACCCCUAAUAUAGAUAUAUUAUUUUUCCAAUGCAAUUAGCCUGCCACUCUGCACUGGUAGGCUCAAUUAUCCCCAGAAUAAUGAAUAAAACGCCAUUUUUUCAUGACCCAAGAGACCAGAGUUAUUGAAUUCGUGGUGCAGGUCCAGAAAAUCCAUUUUAUCAUCAACUGAGGCUGCGUCUUCCUCAAAAUUCAGCGGAAGAAUUGAAAAAAAGAACUGUUAGAGAUGGAAAAUCCACUCAUUUUCAUUUCGACAAUAACAAGUUACCAAAUUGUUCAUCUAGAUUGAAAGAAUCCUCUCAUGACGAAUGAUUAAAUCUAGUGACGAUGUAUUUAUUAGGAAUAAAAAAUUCUGAUAAAUAACAAGAAA